UGCCACUUCCUUAGCAACCCACAAUCCCGAAAGCGUUUAUAGUAACCGAUGCACAGGUCUGUGAUGGCUCAUGUAAUUGGGAAGAAGAAGUCUUUAUGGCAACAGAUAUGUGAAGAGUACGAGUCGGAACAGCCCUGCCCACCGGGAGAUGUCUGGACAGAUCGCAGCUCCGUGAGCACCGACGUUUCGCAGUACAGUGCAAGCAAACACUCGCCUGUCUUCUACGGGCUCACGGCUGCAAAGGUAGCGGUGGACGACAAUCCAUUCAGGGAAGUGGACCCACAGCUGAGUCACCCUGCGCUGGUUGGGUACUCCAUUCUGGAGAAGCCUCUGUCCUCCCAACGCUGUGACCCCCACUCCACCCCUUCCACCCCCCCAUCUGUCCAUCAGCAAUGCUCGAUCACGCAGUACCUAGAAGAGAGGGUUUUUCCAGUGUUGCUGCCUGGACUAGAGGCUAUGCUGAACGAGGCUCUGAAACUCCAAUGCCUGGAGAGGAAGAGGAUUCGAUUUAACCCCUGCGAUUUCCUGACCGAGUGGCUGUACAAUCAGAACCCUUGCAGACUGGGACAGGGGCCUCCAUUGGACUUCGCUGAGAUCCCUUUUGUCCAGGAUUGGCUGAGCCAGCACCCCCGUCCGCCCAUCCCCCUGUCCCUGAGGCUGUCUGACUCUGAGGCUGCGCUGCUGAUCCAGUCUCACUGGAGAGGCUAUAAGGUGCGGGCACGUGAGGACGUUCAGGAGCUCAGGCAGUGGCAGAGGGAGCUGAGGGAGGAGAGUCGUGACAUUAGCCUGACGGUGCAGGAGUUCUGGGCCCGGCAGGAGAGCCGAGUGGGGCAGUUGAUUGAGGACGAAGAAUCUCAGCCCAACAACUCGGGGGUGUCCAUCAUGGUGCUGUCCCCCACCCCGCUGAGCGCCAUCGUCCAGUCCCCGACUGCGCAGCUGAGCGCGGAGACCAUGGCGACGCUGACCCCGACUGCGCAGCUGAGCGUGGAAACCAUGGCGACGCUGACCCCGACUGCGCAGCUGAGCGUGGAAACCAUGGCGACGCUGACCCCGACUGCGCAGCUGAGCGUGGAGACCAUGCAGGCUCUGACUCCGUCUGCGCAGAGCGGGCCCGCCCCGAUGACGCUGAGCGCCGGGUCUCUGGCCCUGCCCGAGCAGAUAGCCGCGUUCUCGCCCUCUCUGCAGAGCGCUAACGCUGCACCCCGCAGCGCUGCGGUCGACAAGAGCACUACCUGACUGAGAGUACGCUGUGUGCCAGCUGACACACUGAGACCAUUAGCACACUAUGCUCCGAUAACGUCAUGCUAAUACCAUUAGCACACUAUGCUCUGAUAACCUCAUGCUAAUACCAUUAGCACACUAUGCUCUACUAACGUCAUGCUAAUACCAUUAGCACACUAUGUCCUGAUAAUGACACACUGAUACCAUUACCACACUAUGCUCUGAUAACGUAAUGCUAAUACCAUUAUCAUACUAUGCACUGAUAACAUCAUGCUAAUACCAUUAGCACACAACGCUCUGAUAACAUCACACUAAUACCGUUAGCACACUAUGCACUGAUAACGUCAUGCUAAUACCAUAAGCACACUACACUCCCAUAACAUCACGCUAAUAUCAUUAGCACACUAUGUCCUGAUAAUGACACACUGAUACCAUUACCACACUAUGCUCUGAUAACAUUACGCUAAUACCAUUAGUACACUAUGCACUGAUAAGAUCACGCUAAUACCAUUAGCACACUAUGCACUGAUAAGAUCACGCUAAUACCAUUAGCACACUAUGCAUUGAUAGCGUCAUGCUAAUACCAUUAGCACACUACGCUCUACUAACGUCAUGCUAAUACCAUUACAACACUAUGCUCAGAUAAUGAUACUCUGACACUCAGUAGACUAUGCUACGAUAAUGAUGCUCUGAUAAUGUUAGCACGCAUAAUGGCACACUGAUACUAUUGGCACACUAUGCUUUGAUAAUGACACAACGAUACUGUUACCAAGCUACGCUCUUAUAAUGGCACAAUGAUACUGUUAGCACGCUACACUCUGAUAAUGACACACUGGUACCGUUAGCAUGCUGUGUCCUGAUGACACAUUGAUUCUGUUAGCACACUGUGUGUGCUUAUGACACACUAAAACUGUCCACACACUAUGCAUUAAUGGACAUUUAUUAUAUUGACUGCCUAUCCACUAUUUCUUCUCUCAAAGGCUGCUAAAGUCCAUACAAAAUAAGUCAUAUUUAAAAAAUGUUUUAACAGGCUCUCCAAAAAAGUGAGACCAUGUAAUGAAGGGUAUUAUAGGCCAUUUGGAAAGGAAUUUUCCUCUUUAUUUCUUUAAGGUGUAAGAUGACAAAUAUCUGAUUAGAAUGUUCUUUACUGAACAUUCUAAUGCUCAUGUCACAAUAAAUACUGGUAAUUAAAAGCGCUGAAGUUCUAGAACACUGACAUUGAAGGCUGAAACAACAUUCCAAAAAACGUACUGUUCUUAAAGGGGGGUGGGGGGGAUGGGUUGAAGGACGGUGAAGGCCAUUUCUGUCAGGCUGAGCUUAUCAUCAUAAUCCAUUUUCCUGUUUGUCAGGAAACACAGUGACCCCCUUUCCACCACACGCGCGCGCACACACACACACACACGCACACACAUUCAUCCAAGCUCAGUUGACCUGGAAGUUGAAACAAAAGAAGAACAACACUCCAAAGACUGUGACCUCUUGAGCUCAGUCCAUUGCUUCAGGCAAAAGCCAGUUCGGAGUUCAGAGACGUGAUAAACUCUGCGUCCUUCAGCUGCCGUUGUUCCGUCUGUCACCUGACACCCUCACUCCUGUCCUGCCGUCCUGAUGCUGCAAAAAAACUUCAACACCUCCCCCAAUCACACGGGCUUCAAACUGUGCAGUCGACAGAAACGAUAAUUGGUUUGCUCUUGCGGCAGUUACUUGUCUAUUCCCCCUUGUAAUAUUAUUUUGCUCUAUGUACUGUAACUGUUAAACUGACAGAAAUAAAGGGAUAGAAUUACAACGGAGUGCUUUGUUGUACUGUUUACUGACUUGGGUAAUGGUCAUAGCAAUAAAUGGGAUUGUUUUGGCUGUGCAUUUGGCUUAAACAGCUCUCACUGCUGUAGCUCACUGUUCGUGCUUUCGAACAUUAAAGCUUUAAAGCUCCAGAGCACUGAAGAUAGAUCAGUAGCCAGGCCUUUACACAAAUGGAUUGGAGAGGGUGAGUUGGCCCAAGAUCAGAUUUUUUUUUUCUUUUUUUCUUUCGAACAGAAGCAUCUGGAAUGGUACAGUGGAACAUGGUGGAAAAAAAACUGCCGCCUUCUCCUCAUCCAUUCGACAGUUAACUGCAGCCUGCGACGUAUAGGCCAGAAAGGGUGAAGGACAGCUGUACGAGCCAAUCCUGUAGCAGCACCAGUGGCACGGCCCAGCCCCUCCAGCAGAGGGGGGCGACGGUGGGCUGGUGUGAUCCUCCAGGGUGCAGUGAGAGCAGACACUGGCGUUGUGAGAGGUAAUA